GCCGCCGGCAAUUAGGCUAACAAGAACCCACAACGGAGAGAGUCUGGCGUUUUGUAAUUCGAUUGCCAGAAGCUUGAAUUGAGCUUUCAUUCACGCAAUUCUUAGAAGUCUACUAAAAGAGAAGAGAUGCAGACAUACCUGAAGCUGUGAAAAAUCUGAUAACGAAUCGGUAGAACUCCUGCUAUUACUAUUGCUACUGUCCUUGGUUGCCCUCCCACCAGCUGUACUGGUUAUCCGAACAACCGCCGGGUCGUUAGGUGGCGGCGGCAACGGCGUCCUUAUCUUGCCGGCCGCAGCCGGAGGUGGGGCAAGGCUCAACGGUUUAGCCUUCCCUGUCGCUGCAGUCCCGCCGGCUAAUCCCGCAGCAGACAGCAUUCCGGUUCCACUGCUAGUCGGCUUAGGCUUUACAUUUAUCCGAAUCGUCUCCCCUUCCUUGAGCCGGUGAUUUACGGCGGGGUGGAUGUCGAUGCCGUCGGCAGCACCGGCGGCACUGCUCUCCCCGGUUUCCUUGUCGUGCUCCCUGCGGACGUACUUCUCGUGAUCGGAGAGGGCGACGUUGAAAUCGAACGCCUCGUUCCGCUCGGCGAACCCCAGGCCGAUGAAGGCGUGCUUCCCUGCGCCGUCCUCGAUCUUGAGCACGAAGUAGCGCGACGAGUCCAGCACCGGCUCCACCGACGUCUCCCGCUGCCCCCGCGGGACGAAGCAGGCCGCGAACAGAUCCCCUGAGUUCGGAUCCUCCAGCCGGAUCUCGCACCGCUCCUUGCAGGAAACGACCCGGAGCCGCCCCGACCAGAUCUUGUCCGACUGCAGCCACUCCCCGCACUUGUAGCCGCCGGAGGUGGAACGCGGCGGGAUUUUGUACACCGCCACCUCCCGGACCACCAGCAGGGUGUGCUCGAACGAUUCUUCGUCCUCCUCGAACGACAUCGUAUUCCUUCCUUCUGCUGCCAACUCUCUCUCUCUCACUUGAGCUGCCCUCUCUUUCUUUCUCUCUCUCUCUAUACCACGCGCACAAAAAUGGAGCAGAGAGAGAAGGCCGGGGAUUUGAAGGAUACGUUUCCUGGCCAAGCGAGAGAUGGCGAAUCGCUGAGACGUGGGUUUGAAGAGUGUGGCUGAUUGGUCAACUGUCGUGCACCAGAGAAGAGAAAAGAAAGAAGAAGGUUCUAUUACCGAUUUACCCCUCCUUGGUUUCCGGCAAGAUUUUACGCUACGCGUUUCCGCACUUUUUUCUCCUUCAAGGCUUUUCGUUUUGGGCCCCAGAUUACAUCUGGGCCGCAGGCCCAAUUCUCCUCAGUUUAAAACCCUAAAAACCCUAGCAUUCCCCCAAGUUUCUGACUUCUGAGCUUGUUCGUCAACUUUGCUGGGAUUUUGCCGAGAAUCGCCUUCUGCCUGCGUCUGUGUUUACUGGUGUUGACAGCGGAGAUUCACGAUGUUGCUUCAGUGCUACAUAAACGAGAAUGGUGAUAAAGUCUACACCACCAAGAAAGAAUCGCCGCAUGGAUUGCCUACGCAGUCUGCUCAUCCUGGCUCGCUUCUCUCCCGAUGACAAAUACGCAAGGCAGAGGUAUCUGCUGAAGAAGCGGUUUGGGUUGCUGCCAACACAGCAGCCUCCUCAGAAGUACUGAGAAUGGUUUUUGGGUCUAAAACAUGAUGCAGUAAAGGUUUAUCUGACCCACACAGGUCUUCCUCUUGCUAUUUGGAUUGGACAGUUGGCCAUUUGUAUGGUCUUUCGGAUGUAGCUGUGUAAUAGCUUUCAGAAUGUGGGUGCUCAACGGUUUGGAUUCUCUAUCAAGAUGGAUAUCUGGAGCUCUGACUCUGUAAUGCUUGAAGCCAGUUGUGUAAUCUAGAUGUUUGGACUCUUGCAGGUUUUGCAGCUAUGCGUGUUAUUUUAUUUCGUGUCAUUGGUAUGGCUUUUGUGGUUGCUGAUAUAACUAACCAGGCUGUGGGUCCAUGGAAGUAAGCAUUUUAUUGAUAACUGGAUCAGAGCUCAGCCUAUUGACCGGGUUGGCAUAGUGAGGGGCUGCAAUUGAACAAAUUUGCUUGCGAGCAAUUCCCAUUCAAAAUGGGAAGAACUUAUUCGGUACUUGAGUCGUGGGUUGUCUCUUUGAAUAAGUUGAUUUGUGAGUUGUCUUGUUUACAAAUCGGUCAAAUUCAUGCUAAAUUAUGCUUA